UUAAAAUUGACUUUUGUUGACGUGGCAGCCACGUAGAUGCCACGUCAAUGACACCUCAUAUUUUUAAUUAAAAAUUAAAUCAUAAAUAAAAAAAUAAUAUAUUGUUAUAAAAAAUAAAAAAUGUUAACCAAAAAAAAUUAGAAAAUGUACUCAAUUAACCCUCCCUCUGCAGAUUCGAACAUUUUCCUUCGUCUCUUCACCUCCCCUCCCCCGAUUACCUCUCCCUUCCUUCUCUCCAUCGCCGCCGCUGCUUCCGCCUCCUCCUACGCCAUCGCCGCCACCUACGGCAUACUCUUUCUUCCUCGAGGUGGACUCCUAGCUUCGCUUUCUGUCGACUCAUCUCGGCUAUUGCGCGUGGAUUGCUUGGGAGAAGCUGUUGAGAGCAAUCGAUUGAUCUCAUCUCUGAUUUUCAGUUUCCUUCGUUUGAUCGAAUCGACCCCCAACGGGGAAGGGAUGAGUCGGUAGCAGGUGAGGGACGCGCUUCAUCCCACCCACCCUGCCGACACCAUCCCCAGCCAACACCACUCCCCCAACACACCUGCUUUCGAUUUCAAGGAACCCAAUGGCCAGCCAUCAAUCGGAUUCGGCGAAAUCAUCGCCGCGCGUCACCAUCGGCGUAAACCACCUCCAACCCCUGGCCGAUUCGCUCAUUCCUCCUCGACGGAUUCACCUUCUUCCUUCUCUUCCCACAAUGAAGAAGGAAGAUACGAGAUCGAUUUGCUGCUGCCAAUCCCCUGCUGCUCUUCUUGUUCGAACAUGGGUUAUUUCUUCUAGGGAUUUUGGAUGAACUAGAGAACUCUAUUUGGGGUUCUGUUUUCGAGUAGAAAAGAGAAGAAAGGGUCCUACUGACGAUGGCUACGGGUGGUGGGAGGUGGAGAAAGAAAGGGGAAAUUAAUUUCUGUCGUGUCUGAACCCACCUCGUUCAACGAUUUCCAAUUCCUUUCCCUCCAUCGUCAACCUCCGCUCGAUCGAGAAAUCUAGAGCAACGAGGAAGCUUCGCUUAAGAAGGCAGCUCUCUAAAAGGUGAUGCUUGAAGAUGGGUCCGUCGAAUCAGGGAAAGCAAGGGAUUUUGGAGGCAACGAAGCGGCGGCUCAAUAGAUGACUGCGUAGAUGGCCGGUUGCACCCUUAAGGUUGACCGCCGACGGAGAAGACAAAUCGGCGACAAACUGUGGGAAUCCACCGUCGUCGAGGAGGAAGAAGGGAAGAGGAAGGGUUUCCUAGUGGAUUUUUGUAAUUUUCUUUUUUUUAUAUGAAAAAUAAUUAUAAAUUAAUAUUAUAAAUUCCACUUCAAAUGCCACAUCAGCGCUUACUGGAUUUUCUGUUAAAAACUAACGGUCAACGCCGGUCAACUUUAACGGUGAAAUAGUUUAGGACAUAAAUGUCAUAUCGAAUACUUUAGGACACAAAUGGCACAAAGUUAAUAGUUCGGGUUUCCUAGUGGUAUUAGCCCUUAUUUUUAUUAUUUGUAACCUCUAUAAAUAGAGGAUCUAAGACAAACUGUGGGAAUCCACCGUCGUCGAGGAGGAAGAAGGGAAGAGGAAGGGUUUCCUAGUGGAUUUUUGUAAUUUUGUAAUUUUCUUUUUUUAUAUGAAAAAUAAUUAUAAAUUAAUAUUAUAAAUUCCACUUCAAAUGCCACAUCAGCGCUUACUGGAUUUUCUAUUAAAAACUAACGGUCAACGCCGGUCAACUUUAAUGGUGAAAUAGUUUAGGACAUAAAUGUCAUAUCGAAUA